AUGAUCGUACUUGCCUCUGUAAGAUAUAUUUUCAUAGUUUAUCUAAAGGGUGCGGUAAUCAUUGCUGAUCCUGUAACUUAAAAAACGGAUGUGACUCUAUAUCAUAAAUAUAAUAUGGCUCUAACAAUGGGUGGACGAAUGCAUUCUUGCCGGCAUCUUAACGAAACCAUCCCAAAUUUAAAAGGCUUACUAGUGCACAGAAUGUGGCAACUCAAUGAGCUAGUUAUCAUAUUUGGGUCAGGAUUAUUAAUGCACCAUUAAAUGCAAUCAAUUGCUGAGAUUGCAAACAAGGCUAUUCAAUAACAAAAUGGGGUAUUUAUGACUAUUGCUAAAAUUAGUGAAAAUGGUUAGGUUCUUAAUUUGUAUGCUUGCCAUGAUGGAUACAUCUCUUCAUCUAACCUAAAAACAUGCUCUCAAACUUGCUAAAUUGGAUACUAUGGAAACCCAUAAUACAAUCUUAGAUCAGGCGUAUAUUAUGCUUUUUGCUAUUAAUGCAGUUCUUCUUGUUUUGAAUGCUCCGAUUUAUAAUUGUGCAAAUCUUGCAUGAAAGGAUAUUAUUUGAGAUUAAAUAACAGGGAAUAAUCAGUUGGAACAUGCUUGCAAAAAUCUUUGGAAAGCUAUGAAGAUACAAUUUAUGUUGGCUCAGUUGGAAGAUUGAAUUCAAGAGAUAGCAGCUUAAUUGACGGCACUAUUAAUAAUUAUUUCAAUUCAAUACAAGAUGCCAUUAAAAAAGCAUAUGAAUUAGGAGCCCCUUAUCAAUCUGCUUAAAUUACAAUUUUAUUGCUAGAUGGAAGUCAUGCGAUGAUAACAAUAAAUUACAAGCUCAGGGAUACAUUCCAUUUUUUAGUAGGUGCUGGACUAACAAUUAAAAAUUUAAUAUUUGAUGCUAUUGAUUCUAGUCUAGACUUGGAAACUGAUAUUAAUUAAAGCAUUUUUUGUGCUUAAAAUCCCUCAUAACAAUGCUGUUAUAUAGAUUCUAAUGGAAAUUUAGCAGGCUAACCUUCUUCAGAGCUAUGUUUUGCUGCUGAAGGCACAAACUUCAUCAAUUUUGACAUGAAUUCCUAGACUAUGAUUACAUCUCCUCCAACCUUAGUGCUUGAACCAAAGGCAUUCAACAUUACCUUGCUUUUCGCUAUAUGUAGAAUCGUCAUAAUUUAAAAAAUUUGGGCAUUAUAAGCCUUGGAUUGA